AUGCCGCGUGUCGAACUGACAGAAGAAGAAAGACUGAACAUCCAAAAAAAGGAUUUACUCUUCAAAAGGUUUGUUGAGCCCGGAAGGUUAUGCCUGAUUGAAUAUGGCCCAUAUGCAGGAAAGCUAUGUUUCGUUGUGGAUAUAGUGACACUGACCCGAGUUAUCGUUGAUGGAGCCUUUGUGACAGGCGUGCCAAGGAUGAUCAUACCCCUGAAGAGGUUGAAACUACUGAAGGAAAGAAUAAAAAUAAAUAAAAACUGCAAAAGUGGAUUUUUGAGAAAGACAAUUAAAAGCACGAAAAUCCUGGAAGAGUUUAAGAAAUCCAACUUGGGGAAAAAAAUGAUAUUUAAGAAGAAGAGAGAUAUGGCAACUGAUUAUGAGCGAUUUCAGAUAUACCAUGCCAAGAGAGAAUUAAAAAAAAAAAUGAACGUAUUAAAAAGCAAAAAAGAUAGUAUGAACAAAAAGGAUAAUAAGGGUGACAAGAAAAAGAAGGCCAAGAAGGUUAAGAAAGUAGCCGCGAAGAAAUAA